UAGAAAAGGCGUGACAAUCACAACCAAGUGGACUAUAUGCGGAGUCAACAGCAUCAAACCUAGAUUGAGUUUCAGCAGAGUAUCGUUCUGAUUCACAGGAAGUGGUCCGUCCAGUUAAUAUGUCCUCCCUGCCAUUGCGUCGGUCCGUCCGGUAAAUUCUUCCCUCCUGCCAUUGCGUCGGUCCGUCCGGUAAUACUUCCCUCCUGCCAUUGCGUCGAAACUGCCGUGACCAAAACAGUCCGAUUCUGCUCGUCAACUGCUCCCGUCACUUCAUCGUAUCGUUGCUGACAGAAAUAACACGAUUAUCUCCAGAAGGUCUGAAAGGGACUGUGAAUCUGAAGAUAGCUCACUUCGAUCGGUGCAGAAUCGACGGUGGGCUGGUUUGUGUGGUUAGCUUAGUUAACGCAGGACAAGCUAUGGCGGAGGUUCCAGGGACUUCGAGCGAGACGAUAACGGAGACGGUCCAGACGAACACACCGCCACCGCCCCAACAGGAGGGUCGUAGCCUGACGAUCAAACUCAGGAAGAGGAAGACGGAGAAAAAGGUGGAGUGGUCCAGCGAUACUGUGGACAACGAGCAUCUAGGAAGGAGGUCGUCCAAGUGCUGCUGUGUAUACGAGAAACCACGGCAGUUUGGCGAGUCCUCCUCGGAAAGCGAGGGGGAGGAUGACGAAGGCUGCGGGAGUGCACACUGCAUUCUGGGACACGGCCGGGGGAGGCAUGGACAGAGAGGGUCCGGAGGGACCACAGUGCCCCCUAGCUCUGGAGGAUCAAAUGCCCACUAAGUGCACCGAGACCGCGUGUGGUAGUGAUGAGGAUUUUGAUGACAAUUACACACACAAUUAUACUUAAACCCACUCAAGUUAAGUUCAGUCACUGUAACAGGGGCAGGGGGGAGGAGGGGAGGGAGGCCAGAGGGUAAAGCAGUCAGGUAGAGAAAUACAGGAACGAAGACAAUGAAGAGAUUAACUGACCAAGAAAAAAUUAUCAGAGAUUCGUGUCAGUCUAUUGAAAAUAUUAGGGGAGGGACUCCGUUGUACAUAAUUCAUCUAUUUUACUUUUUUUAAGUUCACAUUUCUUUAAUUUAUUUGUUUGUCUUAAUACUUUAUUGUAAGAUUAUCUCUUCCAAACGGUGCAGAUUGACAGGAGUUUUGUGGUUUUUAGUAUCUGAGUAGUGCUCCCACCUCAAUCAAAUAAAAGGUUUUUAAAACCGCAGACAGAGUGGUUGCCUUUCAUUUGAGAGUGUUAUUCACUGGCUCACUCUCAGCUUAAGAGCCCUGAAACAUCCUGUGUUGAAAUGUACUUUUCCUCUGCUAUUCAACAAACGCUGAAAUCUGAGAAAACCAGUGGGCAUGUCGCUGGAUUGAUGGGGCAGAAAUGCUCCAUAAGAGUGUAGCGAACAUAAAAAUCAAAAAU